AUGGACAGCCUUGCAGAGUUUGUCGACUUUCAGUCGCCGCCAGACUCAAUGUACUAUCUGUACGGGGACGUUGAGCAAUAUUUCUCAGAAUCACAGAGCCCAGACAACUCAACAUACGACACAACAUCAGCUGGAGAUAGCAGCAUCUCGAGCAGGUAUCCGAGUCCGGUGCACGAGGAUGGAGAAUCCGCAGAUUCCACCGAACCACCAAAGACGGCGCCCAAGCGGAAACGCGAGAACCGCUACAAGAACGCCCCUCCAGCCGUCUUGUCGCGCCGGAGAGCUCAGAACCGCGCUUCACAGAGAGCGUACCGAGAGCGCAAGGACCAGAGGAUAAAGGACCUCGAGCAGAUGCUCAACGACGCCAAGCAGCGAAACGAGGUGCUCACGCAAGCGUACGCGACGCUCCACGCCGAAUACGUCGCCCUCAAGUCCUCGCAGGUCGCCGACCCGGAGACAGCAACAACAAGCUACCCGCAACACUACGACAUGACGUACGCCGGUCACCUGGCCAACAACGGGUUAGGCACCGGCAGCAUCGACGGCCUCGACAUGGAUCUGUUUGUCUACUCGGACGCGGUGAACGCAGCGGCGUACCCUCUCUGA